AAAGAGAUUAGGAAAUCGCGUUUGCCUCAGCGGCCAUCAGUCACAAGCGGAUCGUUAAGCGACUCAGAUCUGAAACGACGUUUCACAAAUUUAACAAGCGGCUAUGAUGACGGACUGGUCACGAACAGAAGAGCUUCCGGUGCCCCCGCUACCGGACGGCCCGACGGUGUUACCCCCUGCCCCGGAACCGAGUUUAGGUGGCGGCGGCAUCCGGUUGGACUUUUCCAGGUUCUACACGACAGUGGCCGGCAUGCUGCUGCUGGUUGAAUUCGUCUUCGGCAUCAUCUGCCUGGCGUGCGCCUCGCCCGCCCAGCAUCCCGCCACGGGCUGGUUUCUCUUUGUAGCGGCGAUUUCGUUCAUAUUCACCAUCCUGUGGAUCAUCAAUUACAUGUUUAACGUCAUGGGAUCCGUCGCUGGUGUCAACUGGAACGCCGUAGAAUUGGUUAGCUUCGCGAUUCUUGCGGUCCUCUAUUUUACAGCGGCCGCACAGCUCAACUGGGAGUUUGGGGGCCGGCGUCCAAUAAACUUCCCUCCAAGGGCGCUAAUUUGGCGGCAGGCAGUUUCGGCGUUUUCAACACAAUUGCCUACGCAGCCAGCGCUUUCCUCGCAUUUUUGGAAACUCGUUCUACGCCACAAGUUUAAGACUUCGUCAAGGGUCCAGGAAAGACGAUGCUCAAGAUGUUAAGAAGAUGCAGUUUUAUAUUUUUUCUUAUUAUAAUUAAUAAUAAAAUAAAAAUGUGUUCGAGCUUAAAUGGAA